CUAAGGCUAAGCCAAACAAGCUGAUCAGCCAGUCACCUCUGUACACACUACCCCCCACUAAGAGGCUAAUGGCCGGGAUGUAUAAUCCUUCUCAAAACAACUACAGAGAUGCUAAUUGUAUCUAGCUAUAAAUACAGGUUGACUCCUUGUCCUCUUUCUUUAUUUGGCUCUACUCUGGAAACCUGGAGGCGCCAACACCACCUUUGCGCACCAGCUUCUCUGAGACAUUUGCCCAAAUGCCAGGAGAGACUCGGUUGCAUAAGACAGGCUGCAGAUAGAAGCUGCAAGUGUCAAUACUUGCCAUCAUCUCAGGAAAGGAGGCAGAGAGCGCACGGAGCUUUACGCGCGGUUGGAUACGUUUUGGAACAUUUCAAAGCUUCUUCGGUAAACUACUGCGAGACAGCUAACCGAGAUGUUCCCACUUCCGAUGUUCACCCCGGACCAGGUCGCCCGAGUGUGCGAGAACUUAGAGGAGACCGGGGACAUCGAGCGCCUCGGUCGGUUCCUCUGGUCACUGCCGGCCGCAGUCCCAGGCUCUGCCGGGGAGGCGCUGAACCGACACGAGUCCGUGAUGCGAGCCAGAGCGCUGGUCGCUUUCCACGGGGGAAACUUCGAGGGUCUGUACCAGAUCCUGCAGAGCCACCGCUUUACGCGAGAGUCGCACGCCAAGCUGCAGGACCUGUGGCUGGAUGCGCACUAUCGGGAGGCGGAGAGGCUCCGGGGCCGGCCCCUCGGUCCAGUGGAGAAGUACCGGAUCCGCAAGAAGUUCCCCCUGCCCCGCACUAUCUGGGACGGCGAGCAGAAGACGCACUGCUUUAAGGAAAGAACUCGCAGUUUGUUGAGAGAGUGGUACCUCCAGGACCCAUACCCAAACCCGUCCAGGAAGCGGCACCUGGCCCAGGCCACAGGGCUCACACCCACACAGGUCGGAAACUGGUUCAAGAACCGCCGGCAGAGAGACCGAGCAGCGUCCGCAAAGAACAGAAUGCAACAGGAUUCCUCACACCUGCCCUCAGGUAGCUCACCCGACGGCUCCCUUCAGGACCGCCGGCAUCACCCCCAUUUGUUGCCUCCCUCCCCUCGCCACCUGGGCAGCCCGGAGGCCAGCGACUGUAGCACAGAGAACGAGCGCAGAGGAACGGGAGCCUCCACACCGGAGAUCUCUGUCAGCAGUGACAGCGAGUUUGAGUCUUGAGAUGAUGCGACGAUUUUUGAGACAGACUCUUGUUUUCUGCAAUCAUCAGACUCUAAAGACAUUUGAAACACUGGAGGUGUUCUCAGUGAGAGUGGACAUAGUGAAGGAGAAACAAAAUGCACUUAAAAAAAGCACCAUGGUAAACAACCUCGACUGUUAUAUGAAUUAGUCUACUGCCAAAAAGGGUCUUUAGAUCAUUUUGGUAUCAAUAUGUAAAGUUUUGAUAUGGGUUUCAUUGAAUAUUUUUGGAGAAAUCAUUUUAUAAAUCAUUAUCUAAGCUACAUAAAUCAUUUGCUUGGAAUCUGAGAGGACUCAAUGAAGAAUGCCUCGAGUAGGCCGUACAUUUUACUGCCUUAAAAAGGAUCUAAGGGCAUCACUCUUUUACAAUGCAAAAAUAAAUAUUUAGGUCAACUUUGUAUAUGUACCUUAGAUGCAAAUAUGCUGCUUGAAACCAGCUAUGUUUUACCUGUUCACUUCUACUGUUUGAAAGGGCUUUUUCUAAAUGCUCCUGAGCUGCUCUGAUGAAUUCCCACAGGAGCUGAAACAGAAAAAUUGUAAAGCAUUAAUUGGUCUUAACUCAAUGUGCCUAUAACAUUUGAGAACAGUGAGUCCAAGUCAGAUAUCUUUGUGUCCUAAUGUCAGAACGACACUUUCAGAGGCCUACUGUGUGCUGUCUUUCUCACAACCAUGAUUUCUAAUAACACAUUAUUUCAAUGAAAAGAUGUAUUUUGUAAAUGUUUUAUGUAAAUAAAUGAACCUAUUUUUAUCAGUUA